UGCAAUAUGAGGUCUUCUAUCUGCUUGUUCCGGGCAUUAUUCGACGCUAUUUCUCUUUUUUCGUGCUAUCGAUGAAGAUCGCUAUUGGUUUCUGGCCGGAUUCUCAACCCUUCUUCCUUGGGGUCCACGUUUCGUUUUCGUGCGCAGUUUCACGCGGCCGACUGUGGUGUGAAGGCUCACUUCAGGUGGCCAGAGCUUUGCGCCCGCUUUAGCGAGGCACACACUUCUGCGAUCACUUCUUUCUGCGGCAGAUUUUUCAUUUCUAAACUGCAUUUUCAAUAUUGCGCGGGUAGCCAUGUCUGCGAAUGCGAGAUGAGUGUUCUCCCUGGCUGCAAUUGUACUGUUCUGAGUCAAAAUGCUGACCCGCCUGGCUGCCCUGUUCCUCGGCGACGAGACAGCUCCAGCUGUAUGUCCACCGGAGAAUGGCCGCAAACUGGGAGUUGCGCCGUGGGCAACUUCGUGGACAACCGUCACAACUUUCAGUUCUGUCAGAACUGCCGCGGUUGUCCAAGUGUCUUCACACAGAAGCCUUCCCUCAAGCAGCGUGAGCGUCUCUCCUCGCCAGGAAACGCCAACGAGUCCGUUCCAGCGUGACGAAACCAGUAACUCGUUUCCUCAAGUUGUCCGACUGACGGAUCCGGAGACCGGCUCUUCGCCGGGCGAGGCUCAGGUCCACGCCAACUCAGCGGCAGCAAUCCCAGCGUGUUUCCUGCGAAAGCGGCCGGCGCCUGUCUUUCAGAAAACCUCCCCGGUUUCUGUCCGCGAACCGGCACCGAAACAAAAGGUGUUGACUGAGGACCAUGGAAACAACCACGCACAGCAGUACGCGUGUUCCGCUCUUGUCACUUCGCAUCCGCGUACUCAUCGUUCUGCUGCCAGGCACGACAGACCCCCCGCGGUCGCCCCCGGACGCGAACAAUCGACUACAGUUCCCUCCUCGCGCUCGCCUCCCGCAGGCGGUUCUGUCCGGACUCAAGUGGAUACGCGGCUAUCGCAGCCGUCGGCAGGGACGACGUUAAAAGCGCUGCCUAAAAAACGUGAGUCCGAGCGUAGUGGAGCAUUCGCCGGUCCGAGUGCAUUCUCACCUGCUCAGCCCCGCCAACUUGCUUGGCCUUGGCCAGAAGCUCCCCCGCCUUCACCGAAAGUCAUGUGUGAGAAAUGCGCGGCUGCGUCCCUUGAGCAAGGGCGUAUUUGUCUGCCUCCUUCCGCCUCCGCCUCUGCAUUGUCCGCACCUUCGCAGUCACACCUUUCCUCCAGUCUUAUUGCCGCCUCGGCCGCUGUUCCUGAUCCUUCUUUCCUCGUCUCUCCACUUUCUGUUCCUCGUCCCCGUCCUCAUGCAUCCUUGACUCGCCUCGCUGCCCCGGCGACACCAAGCACCUUUGUCCCCCGCAGACGGAGUCGUGUCUCGGCUCCCCAUCCACCGUGGCGCGCCAGUCCUUCCCCUCUCCCUCUGUCUUCCCCUGCAACUCAGCUCCCAGGUGCAAAUAGUCCCUGCUUGGGGAAGGAGAAGGUGUCUUUCUCUGUUCAGUCGCUUCCUGACUUGCCUUCUGAGAAGCGUGUGGCGACGCAUGCAGAUAAGGUCAUGCCCCCAAAGAGUGGAUGCGUUCCGAUUCGACAGCAAGAGACAGAGAGCGGAGAGAGUGAACCGCUCCAGAGAAAGCGAGAGACCGACACAAAAGACAAUUCCCAAGAAGGGAAAGGGGGAGCAACCGACGACGGCUCGCCAGACAUGAGUUCGGCUUCUCUUUCUGGCGAUAAACCCUUUUAUAGAAAAGCUUCCUCCCUCCGGCAGUCGGAUUCAGUGGCGGGUGAAAGGCGACAGCAGGAACCUGAGAAAGAUGUGGAGGUCUGCGCUGCACGAGCACUUUCGACGAUGCAGAGAGAAGGUGAAACGAACCACAGCCAAGGCUGCGAACAGAAGGCGGGAGAGGUGACGCAAGGGAGACGCGAGGAAACAGGGAUUGUGGCACCGAAAAAAGGCCAUAGAAAUAGACGGGAGGCGAAAGAGAGGUCUCGCGGAGACAAACAGAGUAAGACAUGCGAGAGGGCUGUGCUUGAAGAACAUGAACCCACAGACAGGAGCUCGGAGACAGUCUCGUCUUCCGCUCUCGUCGUGGGAUACUUCGAUGACGAAGGGGUCUCUGUCAUCAAAGAGGAGCUGAAGGGGGAAACGAGCGGAGCAAGCACGACCGCGAAGGGUGGAUGGAAGUUCAAUGAAGUGCAUGAAGAGGAGGGAGGGAGAAAGCAGAAAGGCGAAGGCUGGCUUGCGUCUUUCGACAUUGCAUGGAGUGGCCAUUCGAAGGCAGAAACAAGUAGGGAGAAACACCGGGGUCCAGCGGAACACAGUGCAGCGACAGGAGAUGGGUUUCGUGGUACGGAAGAGGAGAGAAGUGGCCAGAAAAGAGAGACACAAGAAACGGGAGAACACAUCUCCGCGUCUCCCACAGUGAGUGGAGACAAACCUGGGAGACGAUCCAUGGGGACAAGGAGCGGAAGGGAACAGAAGCCGGAAGGCGACAGUGCGCAGGAGACAACAGGCUGCUCCGACUCCACCAGCGCAGCGCCAAACCCCGUAAAGGAGCAAACCAAGGAUUCGUGUGCUGCAGCUGCCGGUCAGUUUCAUCGACUCGAUGAGCCGACGCCGGCGUGGGUGGACGCGCCUCGACGAAGCAGAGACAAAGGAAACAGGACUGCCCGAGAGGCGGAAGGCGAGACGUAUUCUUCGUCUCGCGCACCUGCUUCGCCGAUCGCUAAUGAACAUGCUUCUGCGUCUCGUCGUUCGUUCACUCCGACAACGGCAGAACAGUGGGAAGAAGGCGAGGCAGGUAUGAGGUCGUGUUUCACAGAGAAAGCUCCUCGGACAGAGCAGGAAGUCCUUGUCCGAGACGAGGCGGGAUCUGUUCACCUCCUUCGUCUCUUUUCGACUUUCUCCUCCACGAACGAGGGCGGCUUCUCUCCCGCUGACAUUCAGAGCACCCACAAAAGGCUUUCAUGUGAUCAAGACCCACCGAUGUUUCCACGCAGAGAAGGCGGGAGGGAAUGGCGUGGGCCUCCUUUACCCCCGGCGAGGUUCGGCUUCUCCUCUUCUAGGCGGUCUGCGUUGAGUUCUUUGGAAGCAACGUCAGAGGACGAGCGAUCUGAACUUGCUCGAGCGGGCGAAGGAGAGCGAGAUCGCCAUAAAAGAGGGGGAAGUGAGCAGGUGCGUUCGGAGGCCUCGUCUGGGUUCGCACGUCACGCAGACAGCAGGUGUAUAGACUCCUGUGAGGAGGCAGGACGUGCGUUGAAGGCGACCCCGAGAGUCCCGCAAAUUGGAGGUUCGUCUGAGAGGAAGGCCACCGAGGUACCGCAGCAGCUCUUGGCGUCCGAAGGUGACGGAGACAGCGAAAGUUCGACUCUGUCUUUCGAUGGCCGCAUGCCGUCGGGUACCCGUUUGAAUAGAAAACAAGAGACGCAGGGACAUACGCCCGAUAGCCAGGACGACGCAGAGCUUGUCUGGAAACAAGACGAAGCAGGAGACCUUCCUCGUCUUCUCUCGCCAUCCGUCUUCCAUCGAGGUUUCGCGUUCUCCUCACUUUCGUCUUCCUGCGUUUCGUCUGGCCCAGGUUCAGUCGCACCCCUGGGGUGCAGAGGUAGUGGGUCUCUCAGGUGUCUAGACAGCCGUCAAGGCGCCUGUAGUCUUCUCCAGCGAACAACGCAAGCAUCGCAAGUUGACUACGAUUCUGCGCCUUUCAACGAGUCCCGCGAAAAUGCGGAUCGGGUGUCACAGUGGCACGCAGAAAGAGAGAGACGAGAAGAAGAAACGAGACCACAGUCGACUGAAGGAGGACUGAGCGGAGACGCGCAAGGCAAGAUGAAGGUGGAUACGGCUGUCACUCAUUUUCGUCUGACGUCUUCUUCAGAAGUGGAAAAGUCAGAAGUCGAUGACUUUCCAAUCUCGUCCGUCGACACAGACCCAGUCGAGUGGUUUUUCGCAAAAAACGUCGAUGAGUCGUCUCUACUUCCUUUUUUCCCGCGACUCUCCUCCUCCCCUUCGGCAUCGACGAAGCUGAUGAAUGUGCCCUUUCUUUGUCCUGCUUCUUCUACCUUUUCGUCCGUCUCAUCUUGUCGACCCCCUGCGUUCAUCCCAGCUGCAAGCCCAGAAGAACUACGGGGGCCGCGCUGGUGCAUGCGCUCCUCCUCUGCGUUUCUGCCACGUGAAGGAAUCCACCCAGACUCUCCUCCCCUUCCGUCUUUCUCGACAGAGGCGAAGGGAGUCGACUUGAGAGAUAAAGGGAUCGAGAUGGGUUUCGAGAGAAACGAGAGGAGUGGCCGUUCCGCGUUGGGAGAAGUGCAGUCAUUCGCCGCUGCGUUUGCUUCUAUCGAAGCUCAGGCGAAGCGAAGUCGAGAGGGAGAAGAAGAAGGGGAGGCGGGACAAGCCUGUGAGAGAGAAGAAUAUGGCAGAGCUCGAGAACAAGGUGCACGUCUUUUCAACGAUUGUGCUCCGUCGCUUUUCUCGCCACAGAGAGACCAAAGCGCCCCGCUCGGGGGACGCGAGAGCGUCGACCUCACUUGCCUCGCGGAGAGGAACAUGUUGUCCGCGACAGCAUCGGACAGUUCCUGUCCGUCGGCGACACAGAACAAUUCCGGAAGGUUGUCCUUUGAGGCAAAAGGAAGGCGGCAGGCAAGGCAGACGCCAAAUGAGAGAGCGAAAGAGUGGAGACCUCGAGACGAAGACAGGCCGCCUACAAAACGCGCUUUAUGUGUCGGGUGUAACUACUUAGGCAAAUUCUGCCAACUUGAAGGAGCAGCAGCGGACUGCAUCAAACUCGCAGAUGUCCUUCGUUAUGGUUUCGGAUUUGACAGUGUCAAGUGCCUCUACACCGACAAGAGGAAGCUCACUGGUCCUCCGGAGGCUGAGGAGACACUGCACUCGCCGACCAAAGCAAACAUUCUUAGACACCUCACUUCGCUUGUGGAGACGGCUGCUGCAGGCGACGUGAUUCUCUUCUUCUUCUCUGGCUGUGGCGUGCAGCUUCCUCCUAAUCAUCCGUAUUUCGCUUCGUCCGUCUGCGAGGGCGCGUUGCUGCCCGACGAUUUCGAAUCUCCCGACGUUCGUCGGCUUAUAUUGGGGUCCGAACUGAGGGCCAUUGUCGACUCAGUUGCUCCAGGGGUCCAGCUUUGCCUCAUUUUCGAUUGCUGUCACGCGUGUGGGUUCUUCCCCUCUCUCGCCGCUUGCUUCUUCUCUGCGAAAACGAGCGACUUCGCUCUCCCCAGUUCUCAAGCUCCUUCGUUUCUUUUCUCACCUUCUCCCUCGGCCCUCCCGGGUGUCUGUCCACCCAGUGGCGGCGAGGCGGACUUUCGACGUCAGAUGUUUCGUGUGAAAUCUGCAGGCUGCGUUUCGCCGGAGUCUUCGGGUGUCUCCGCCAGAGCCAAGAGCGCAACCGAGCCGCGCCUCGAGACCGGGGGGCUCUCAGAGAAACAGAGGACCGAAACGCGCUUUUCCGGUUGUGAACUUGGUUCUGCAGUCACGACGACCUCUGAGGGACGCGCAUCGAUUUUCGUCUUGGUGCCAGACGAGGGAACAUCUGCAGCCGAGGUUCUCCUGGAAGGAUCUCAAACUCCGACAGGCUGGUUCACGUAUCGCCUGUUGCAUGCGCUGAAAAAUCUCCGGCGAGAGGCUUCCUACUUUGACAUGGCCGACGCCGCAGCAGUCGCGCCUCUGCCCUUGCAUGCGUCCAUGUUUUCUCCGCUCUUGACGGAGAGAGAAAAAGGCGGCCUUGUUGGCCACAGAAGCGGCGCGCGAGUUCGGUGGGAGGCGGAAGGGCAUUCUUGUCUCUCCAGAAAAGAGAACUUUCUUCUUCUUUUCACUCCGCACACUCCUCCUCAGUCUCUCUGCGUCCUCUCGCACGAACCUGCAACUCCUUCUCUCUUCCCGGCUUCUGAGACAUACCAUCCCUACGUGGUUCCUCCGUCUCGUCCGUCAGAUUUCGUUUUCUCGCAGGUCGCACGCGCAGGCUGUUCUCAUUCUUCUUCGCAGUUUCUUCCUUCCUUUCUCCAGUCUCCUUCCUCGUUUGACCUCCCGAUCGCCUCUGCCUCUUCGCUCUUGACACCGUCACCUCUCCCUUCUUCGCACUCUGCUUCACCUUUCUCUUCUUCCUCCUCAUCUUUCUCUUCUUCUUCCUCGUCUUUCUCUUCUUCCUCCUCGUCUUUCUCUUCUUCCUCUGUGCUCUCUUCUUCGCUCUCUUCUUCUCCGUGUUCUCUCGUUGGCCCUCUCUCGGUGAGAGAAGCAGUGGCCAGUGGGAAGCAGACAAGUCCGUGCGUUCCGCCAGGUUUCUGGGCGUCGGAGUCGGCGCGCGUCGCGCGAGAGGCGAAAGGGAGAGAACUCUGGCGGGGCGCUGUCUCCGUUGCAGUCAAGGCGAUGCAUACCCAGCGAGAGGGGAGAGACGAGGAAACUCAGAGACAAUCCAGAGAAGGGAAGCCACAAUUUCAAGCUGUCUUGUGGACUGAACCGCGAAAAGAGAACGCCGAGAGAGAAAAGAUCUAGGGUGCGAAGAACGAACGCAGGGAGAAGGGAGUUGGGGUCAAGGCGACAACAAAAAGAGUCGCACAGGGUGCAGCGAUCAUGAACAGAACACCGAGACACAGAAGAGACAGGGGAGAGAGGAGAGAGGAGAGAGAAGACGAAAGUGGAGACUGUCGCGUUCGUCAUGCGAAAGCAUGGCAAACACACGACGCCGGUGUGAAGCUUGGCAUUGAGAGGAAAGCGGCAGGAGAGGAGAGAAUUAAACCACUCCGAAAGAACGCAUGCAGAACACUGUCGAAGAACUGCAUGCAGUCGACUACGUGUGCAUGCAAAGAAGGGUACCAGGCAAGGAACGCACAGGCAGGAGAAUUAGAAGGACUGCGUAAGGAAGAAGCGAGAGAAGAAGGAGAAAGAACGCAUGAGGCAGAAACAAUGUCCCUCAAUACUGGCGAAGAGGAAUACGCGGAGGUGGAUGUACACCAACACAAAACAGGAGAGUGAGGUGGAGACAGUGUGUCACGCUCGUCUUGUGAUCCUUUUUCUGCUUGGCAAGUUUCUGGUUCUUUGUCAUUUCCCCUUCCUUUUCCUUCUGUCGCUUCUUCGUCGCGUUGCUCCUCUUUUCCUUCGGCUGUUUCUGCCUUCUCGUCGUCUCUUGCACUGGCAGCAGCAUCACGGCUUUUCUGUUUUUUACCGCAUUUGCCUCGUCUGAUUCUUCCUCUGUUUCUCAUUCUCACUCUCCUCUCCCUGUUUAUGCGGGGGUCUACGCCAUCUCCAAUUCUUCGUUUUCUGCUGAAAAACAGCUUCCUUGUUUUCUCUCGGCUCUUCUUGCUUCUUCGUCUUCUCUCUCUUCUCGCUCCUCUUCUUUCUCGUCUACCAUGUCUCCAACUUCUGGUCUUCUCCCUUCGUCAUGUUUGGCUUCUGCUCCUUGCUUCGCUUCUUCUUUCUCUCCUGCUUUUCCACUGUGUCUCUUCUCCUCCUUUCUCCCUCUCGCUUGUCGUUCGUCUUCGUCGUUUUUCCGCUGGCUUCUGCUUCUCGGUCAGCGGCAUCUCCGUCUGGAGAGCUCUCAUAUCUGCGACGAGAAACGAGCUUUCCCUUCGAAGGUCGAAGGACAUUGGCGGACGGCGCGACCGCUGUUGAAAAGUCGGGGAACAUGUACUGCGCUGUCCGGGGAAGCAGAGAGACGAAACGAGAAGACAGCCGUGGACGGACUAAAUCGAAACGGCGGAGGUGCGUAAGAAGACGAGGAACGAGAAGAGAACUGCAAGAACGAAAGAGAGGGGAAAACGAAACGAAAGAAACGGCCGAACACGCAAAAAGUACGAAAACGCUUAUUCACCGUAAUUCCCCCGUCUGGUUCAUUGUUUCGAUCUCCACUCCAUAUCAAAUGUAUAAUCUUUUUUUCCGUGUCUUGCUUUGCCACAAAAGCCGGCACACUUUCUAUACUCAAUUGUCUCUUUCUCCGGAUAGAGAAUAUACCUACACGUUUCUUCUGUUACUUGCAG